GGACGCCUGCGCUAUGCCCGUGGGUGAUGGCGGACAGAGGGCGGGUGGAUGAAUUCUCCGGGUGGCCGAGGCAGAAAGAAAAAGGGUCCGGCGCGAGUAUCGCCCGACGGCACCAGCGACAGACUCUCCCUCCACAAGCGGAACCUUUACUACUUUGCGUAUCCUCUGGUCGCCGUUUUCAGCUUCCUGCGCUUCUUGGCCUUCCACCUUUGGCUCUUUUUCGCCUACGUCUGCCAGCGCCUGGCCGCGAUGGCAUCGCGCAAGGCAGCCCCGGCCGUCACCACGGCCGAACCCGAGCAGAUCCGCCAGUCCCACAAACUCGCAUUCGACUACAUCUCCACUGCUCUCAAAAUCGACGAGGACGACAAAGGACAGAAGGAGAAAGCUGUGGAAUGGUACAAGAAGGGGAUUGCAGAACUGGAGCAUGGGAUUGCAAUCCAGAUCUCUGGAUCAGGUGAGCAGAUUGAACGAGCCAGGCGUCUACAGAGCAAAAUGACAACCAACUUGAUUAUGGCCAAGGAUCGUCUGGAAUUGCUGGAGCAGAUGCUAGCAUGCGCGAGGUUUUCCAAGCCCGAGAGGGAGGUGUGUAGAGACAGCCCAGGUCCGCCGUGCCCUAGUGCACGGAUCCAGUCAGAAAGUGGAGCUGUCCCAAAGAAAAAGGAUCCUUUGACCCACACGAGUAAUUCCCUACCCCGCUCCAAGUACACAGCAAAAAUCACUUCCCCAGGGCAACGUGGUCACCACAGGGCCCAGAGCCAUAGUGGAAUCUCCAACGGUGCUGGGACUUCACGAUUGCCAGCACAACCCAGUACCUCUACUGCUAAGGUUGCAAGUACAAAAAACACCGUCAGACCAAACAAACCUACCACUCCUAGUGCAACUCCUCGAAAGAAGAAGGAUUUGAAAAAUUUUCGAAAUGUUGAUAGCAAGCUGGCAAACCUAAUUUUGAAUGAAGUUGUGGACAGUGCACCAUCCGUCCGUUUUGAAGAUAUUGCUGGGCAAGAGCUGGCAAAGCAGGCGUUGCAAGAGAUUGUCAUUCUUCCAUCUCUUAGGCCUGAGUUGUUCACUGGACUCAGAGCUCCUGCUCGGGGAUUGCUGCUAUUUGGCCCACCAGGGAAUGGGAAGACAAUGCUGGCCAAGGCUGUGGCCUCUGAAUCCAAUGCAACUUUCUUCAAUAUCAGUGCUGCAAGUUUAACCUCCAAAUACGUUGGAGAGGGAGAAAAGUUAGUGAGAGCUCUCUUUUCAGCAGCUCGAGAGCUUCAGCCAUCCAUCAUUUUCAUUGAUGAAAUAGACAGCCUUCUUUGUGAGAGGCGAGAAGGAGAGCAUGAUGCAAGCAGACGCUUAAAAACAGAGUUCUUGAUUGAAUUUGAUGGGGUGCAGUCCAGUGGGGAUGACAGAGUUUUAGUAAUGGGUGCAACAAAUAGGCCACAGGAGCUAGAUGAAGCUGUCCUCAGGCGUUUUACAAAGAGGGUGUUCGUCUCACUUCCAAAUGAGAAAACACGGCUAUUGCUGAUUACAAAUCUUUUGGCCAAACAUGGGAAUCCGCUAGGUCGAAAGGACCUUGAACAUUUGGCCAAGCAGACAGAAGGGUAUUCAGGGAGUGACCUGACUGCACUAGCAAAGGAUGCAGCGCUGGGUCCAAUUCGAGAGCUCAAGCCAGAAGAAGUGAGGAAUAUGGCUGCUAGCGAGGUGAGAAAAAUUAAACUGUCAGACUUUGAAGAUUCACGGAGAAAGAUCAAGCGCAGUGUAGGCCCUCAGACUCUUGAGGGGUACAAACGCUGGAAUGAGGAAUAUGGAGACACUGCCAUUAAUUCAUGACGUGUCAAACCAGCGCAGGCUCUGAUCAUUGCUGUAAGGAACUCUCCUUGAUCAGAAUGCUACAUCAGUUGUCAAUACCAACUGGCGUGCACCACCUCCAGCCUUCCACAGGGCGUCCAGAGUUGUUUCGUCACAGAUUCAAAUGCAGAAUCAGGAGUGCUAAAACUGAUGGGACAAGUUUACAAAAUGAAAUGCUUUCUAUGACGUGCUAUAUCCUUUUAAAAAUUGAGUUUCAGGAAACUUUGUGCCUCUGGAUCUGGGACCAUGUAGUGGCUGUCAGUGAAAGUGAAAUUUAGGCUCUAGCAAUGGAUAAAAAUAUUUAAUGAUUUGUAUAUUUUGUUUCUGGUGUAAACAAAUUGGUCCCUGUUCAGAGUAUACAUGGUAGAAGCACAACAGUAGGAAGAUUUGUGCCUUAAGUUUGCAGUACAUUUGCUUGCCCUAGCGUGUUUUGGUCCCUUAGCUCCCCAUGCCUAAUCUGUUCAAUAAGGCAUGUCAACAUCAUUCAUUCCUAACAUUAUUCAGCCUGUUCAGCAGUGCCAAAUAAGUUGAUGGUUGUGCACUUAGAAAUGGAUUCUUUGAAAGAAGACCUUUUGCAGUGCUUGCCAGGUGUUGAUAGCAUUUCUUCCCCUAAUAUCAAGUAGCUGGUCUCUUGAUUUUCUAACAAAUCCAUCAAUUACUUUGCUUCAGUGUUUAAAUAUUUCAAUGCAGUUUUUUUGGUAGUCUUGGUACAAAAGCCAAGCAGGUUUUGAAGGAAUAUUGAAAUAUGGAUGCAUUUGAACUUCCAGUUUAGUGUAUCACUUGCUUAUUAUUGUAUGAUAAACAACCUGUUAUUGGUAAAAUCAAUAUAAUCAAAGAAAUAAUUCACUUAGUCAUCUUAACUAUUUUUGCCUCCACCGAAUCAGUUGAAAGUAUUGUCACCAAGGGUUGAGUGAGUUAAAUGACCCUAACAGAUUUUUGCAGUCUUGAGGCAAAAACACCGUCCCUAUCACUUAUAUAAAUAUAGUGCUUGGUAUGACUAUCUCGUAAUUUGCGGUGAACAAUUCCAUGAAAUUUGGCAGUCUUUUUUGAAACGCACAUCUAAUGUGUAUUUUCUGUCCCACAUUCAACUGGCUGUCUCAAUUUGGCUUGAAAGAGCAUUUUAUAAAGAAAACAACACCAGAAACAUUCUGUUUCCUUAAACAAUCUCAAUGAAAUCUGUCUUCUUUUUGAAAGAAACCUUUUUAUUUGAUCCUUGAAUGAAGACUAUUUACUUGCAAGCCAUUACAUUUAUAUAGCCUUGGAACGUCACUUGGUGCAAUACUCCUGACCAAAUAAUGGUCCUUCUGUUCAAUCUUAACAGCGAGCAAUGUCACGAAGUGCAGCAUUAAUAUAAAAAUUGGAUGUCAUACUCCAGCUAUUACACUUUGUUAAUAGAAAUUACAUUGUACUUGUAUUGCAAUAGUGACCAAACUUAAUAAAGCACUUCAUUAACUGGAGAUUGCUUUGGGUUGGCUGAAGGUAGUGGAAGACAUUAUAAACUUGAGGCUUUCUCUCCUAAGGCAUUGCCCUUGAGCCUAAAAUAUACAAAUGCCUAGUCAAAUCACAGUUGCCUGGAUUUGACCAUUUAGCGGGUUACCCACUUCUUUCUUGAACAUCCCCAGUGAUUCUGCAGUGAAACAUAUUAAUGUGAGAUUAUCAGAAGCUACUGCAGCAUUCCCUUCAACUACAUUUGUUAUACUAUCUGUACAUGUGGAAAAAUAUUAAUUCUGAAAGCUUUCUAAUUGCACGUGUGCUUAGAUGGGGAUUGGGAUCAAGAUUACACCUGACCUAAGCUGGACGGUUUGUGGAUUUUUCUGAAAUAGGCUUGCAGUUUUUAAAUGACCUUUUGUACCAAUUCUCAAAAUAUGUGUAUUUCCUGAAUCAUGCGGCUAUUCACUUAUACCUUCAUUUAUGCAGUGCACAGUUGGUCCCUUUUUAUUGUGGAACAUCAGACCAAAAAAUUUUCAGGUGCCCUUUUAUAACCAUUGAAAGCUCUUGUGCUGCCGACUGUUUGAACGCAGGAUUCGUGACCAAAGGCACUGAGAGAGAGUGCUGAGCUAAGAUGAAAACUGUCCUGGAAUUCAGAACACUGAAAUAUUAAACAAUCUGAAGUUAAACACCCUGUACUUACUUUUCAGUUUAAUCUGUGGUUUGAAACUCUAACCCUUUUACAUUGAAAAUUGUGCAGCAGUAAGCUUGCAAACUGCAACCCUAUACUGCUGAAGUUCUUGUCAAUAACUAGCAAAAAGCAAUUAACUAACUUGUGGGCUCUUUCUAACUUUGAUAAUUUUUUGAUGAUGUUUUAACAGAUUUGUAUAUCAUUGAAUUCAGUUUGACAUGAGUGGGGAAUUUAAAUGUGAGCAUGGUGUUCAGUAGUAGGCAGAAAUUCAGUUUGUUUUAUUUUAGCACUUGUCUUUCCAGUGCCCUGGUACUGCUGAAACCAGUGUAGGGAAAAGUGUCCCAAUUUGUAAACGUGGUAUUUUGGCAGUUUUAUUUUUAUUUUUGUAUUCAAGUGCAUGAUCAAUUUAUUUUGAUCCAUUGUUUUUUGUGUCUAAUAUAUUGAGAAAUAAAAGUUUUAAUUCUA